AAAAACAUCAUCACCAUUUCUCUCCCUCUUGUUCGAUCCUCUGCUUCUCUACAAAUUAAUUAAGUUCGUACAAGGGAAGAAAAACAAGAGAAAGGAAAUAAUAAGAUGGCGCCGAGCACGAUACGGAAGGCGCUGGGAGCGGUGAAGGACCGGACGAGCAUCGGGCUGGCGAAGGUGAGCAGCAACGGGUCGGUGGCGUCGGAGCUGGACGUGGCGAUCGUGAAGGCGACGCGGCACGACGAGUUCCCGGCCGAGGAGCGCCACGUGCGGGAGAUCCUGAGCCUGACGUGCUACUCCCGCGCGUACGUGGCCCGCUGCGUGGCCGCCCUCUCCCGCCGCCUCGGCCGCACCCGCUCCUGGUCCGUCGCCCUCAAGACCCUCGUCCUCGUCCACCGCCUCCUCGCCGACGGCGACCCCGCCUUCGAGCAGGAGCUCUUCUUCGCCACCCGCCGCGGCACCCGCCUCCUCAACCUCUCCGACUUCCGCGACUCCGACGCCUGGGACUUCUCCGCCUUCGUCCGCACCUUCGCCCUCUACCUCGACCAGCGCCUCGACUACCGCAUGCACGCCCGCCGCGCCCGCCGCACCAGCACCGCCUUGUGUCGAGGGGGCGAGGAGGAUGAGGCGGCGGAGGAAAAUGCGGAGGAGGAGAAUUUGGAGGCAACGACGACAGCGGCUUCGCGGGGGACGCCGGUGAGGGAGAUGAAGACAGACCGGAUACUCGUGCGCACGCAGCACCUGCAGCAGCUCUUGGAGCGCUUCCUUGCAUGCAGGCCUACCGGGGCGGCGAAGGCGAACCGGAUCGUGGCGGUGGCGCUCUACCCGCUGGUGAAGGAGAGCUUCCAGAUCUACUACGACCUGGCGGAGGCCAUGUCGGCCCUGAUCGACCGCUUCACCGACCUCGACGUCCCCGACUGCGCCCGCGUCCACAACGUCUUUGCCCGCCUGGCCAAGCAACUCGACGAGCUCGGUGCCUUCUAUGCCUGGUGCAAGUCCGCCGCCAUCUGCCGCCCCUCUGAAUUCCCCGACGUCGAGCGCAUCACCCCCAGGAAGCUCGACCUCAUGGACGAGUUCAUCCGCGACAAGUCCGCCGCCGCCGCCGCCCAGUCGCCGACUCUGAAUUUGAAGCCCCUCUCCCUCGAAGACGAAGAAGAACACGAGAACCGCCUCCCGGAGGACGACGCCUACGCCGACAUGGCGAACAUCCGCGCCCUCCCUGCGCCCGAAGAGGAAAACCGCGGCGACGACAACGACAUCAACUUGGCGAGCACGUCGAAAGCCGAAGCGAAGGCCUCGUCGACGGUAGGGGAAGAGCGGGGAAAAGAAAACGAAAGGGAAGCCGAUUUGCUGAACUUGGAGGAAGAUGUCAUGACGGGCGAAGAGCACGGCGAGAAGCUGGCGCUGGCGCUGUUCGACGGCAGCACCACAGAGGUGGCGCCGAGGUGGGAGGCGUUCGACGAGCACUCGGCCGACUGGGAGACGGCGCUGGUGCAGUCGGCGAGCGGGCUGUCGGGCCAAAAGGCGUCGCUCGGCGGCGGGCUCGACAUGACGCUGCUGGACGGCAUGUACGGCCACGCGCAGGCCAGCGCGGCAGUGGCUGCCUCCGUCGGCUACGCCGGGAGUGCGAGUAGUGUCGCAAUUCGGGUCCCGCCGGCGCAGGCGACCAUGCUGGCGCUCCCCGCGCCGCCGACAGCGGGUGGGGGGAUCGGGGGCGACCCGUUCGCUGCGUCGGCGAUGGUGGCGCCGCCUACGUACGUGCAGAUGUCGGACAUGCAGAAGAAGCAGGGGCUGCUGGCGGAGGAGCAGCAGAUGUGGCAGCAGUACGCGCGCGACGGCAUGCAGGGCCAGAUGAGCUUCGCGCGGCUGCAGCAGCAGCAGCAGCCGCCGAUGGCGGCCGCGCUUUCGCGGCCGCCGCAGAACGGGGCCUAUUACUAUCACCAGAACAACAUGGGUGGGUACAAUAGAAUGUAUUGAUGUACGUAUAUGGGGCAACACUGAUCAGGUGUUUGAUGUAUAUGAGGGACGUGUUUUUAGUAAUUUCAUGUGCUUUAAAAAAGCGCGGGAGAUCAGGAAGUGUGUUCUUUGCUCUAUAAUUAGUUUCUUUAUGUGU